AUGAGCACCAACAAUAUUCUUGAGGGGGAUGAGAGUCAGCAUUUUUCGCCGUAUAGAGCUGAUGGCAAGCUGUACGGCUUUGUGUGUAUUGUGACGGGCACAACACAAGCAAUUGGCAAGGCUAUCGUCCACGAACUAGCCGCCCACGGCGCCGCCUGCAUCUACGCCUGCUCCGACCUCUCCGCCAACCACGAUCAAUCCCUCGCCGACGAAGUCAACGCCCUCUGGCCCAACACAAAAGUAAUCGGCUACCCCUACGGCCUCAAGGAAGAAGACACACUCACCCUCAUCGACGACGUCCUAAACUCUUGGGGCAGACUCGACGUCUUUGUCACUUCCUCUGGUCUACUGGGUCCUGCAUCUAUCACCCAGACCGCACCGCAAGAUCUGUACAAGACAUUCGAGACAAACAGCAUGGCGCCCUUUUUCGCGCUGAAAUACGCACCUCCUGCUAUGGCAAAGACGACACCAAAGGGCAAUUAUCCUAAUGCUGCGCCUAAGGAUGUGGCGUAUGGAAGUAUUAUCGUGGUGUCCUCGGUCGCUAGCACUUAUGGCGGGUGCUGGGGUCCUGCGUUUACCAUGUCUUCGCACGCUGCUUUGGGAGUUGUGCAUGCAGGUGUUGCAGUGCUCAAGGGCAGUAAUGUCAGGAUCAAUGCUAUCAGCCCUGGUCAAAUUGAUGUAGGUGUCAGUUUGCAGGGUAUGGAUAUGAGGGGGAUGAGCAAUCAGUUGCCGCCUGCUGAUUUGCAAACUGAAGAGGUCAGGAGGAAGAUUGUGGGGUUGGAGAGGUCGGGUACGGCAAAGGAGGUUGCGAGAGUUGCUGGUUUCUUGGCGAGUGGUUUCAGUAGUUAUAUUACUGGUGCUAAUAUGGUGGUUGAUGGAGGUGCUUCGGUGAUGAAUCCUCUUACCGUACCCAUUUAG